UUCUUGUACUUCACUACAGGCCAUCCCAGCCAGGACGCGCUCCUUUGCCCACCUCCACCAUGUCCACAGAGGAGGGUUUCAGCGAGAAGGCGGCGCCGGAGUUGGCCCCAGCCCGCACUCCCCCGAAGCGUGGAUUUUUCUCUCAUAGAAGGACAAAUCAAGAUGUCAUCGACGAGGACAGAUCGGAGAAGACGGAGACUGCAGCGCCCCCUGCUGCCGCCGGAGUAGAGAAAUUGACUCCAGUCUCGUUUCUUGAGAUGUUCCGAUUUUCUACAAGAUUCGAAAUAUUUCUUGAUGUUGUGGGGCUGGUCGCUGCCGCCGCGGCUGGAGCAGCUCAGCCACUCAUGAGUUUGAUGUUCGGUAAUCUUACUCAAGACUUCGUCUCAUUCGGUCAAGCAGUCGCGAGCGGCGAUUCAGCAUCCAUCCCUGCUGCAGCCGCCGGUUUCCGCAACAAUGCGUCCAAAGACGCCUCGUAUUUGGUCUAUAUCGGUGUCGGCCUGUUCGUUUGCACGUACGUGUACAUGUUUGUCUGGGUCUACACGGGCGAGGUCAACGCAAGACGUGUCCGUGAGAAAUAUCUGCAGUCGAUCUUGCGUCAGGAUAUCGCGUUCUUUGACAAGACUGGUGCAGGGGAGGUGGCUACCCGCAUUCAGACAGAUACCCAUUUGGUCCAACAAGGCAUUUCAGAGAAGGUGGCUCUAGUUGUGAACUUCUUAGCCGCUUUCGUCACUGGUUUUGUUUUGGCUUACAUCCGAAAUUGGCGCCUGGCCCUCGCGAUGACGUCGGUUUUGCCCUGCAUUGCGAUCACGGGGACCGUCAUGAACAAAUUUGUCUCCAAGUAUAUGCAGCUUUCUCUCGAGCAUGUCGCUGAAGGCGGAUCGCUCGCGGAAGAGGUGUUUUCUACGGUCCGUACUGCUCAGGCGUUUGGCACGCAGAAGAUUCUAGCGUCUCUGUAUGAUGUGCCUAUUCAAAAGGCCUUCGAUGUUGAUGCCAAAGCAGCUGUCUGGCACGGAGGAGGGCUUGCCUGCUUUUUCUUUGUGAUAUAUUCGUCUUAUGCACUUGCCUUUUCCUUUGGUACCACACUCAUCAAUGAGGGUCAUGCCAAUCCUGGACAAGUCAUUAACGUGUUGAUGGCCAUCCUCAUCGGCUCGUUCUCCUUGGCCCUCAUGGCUCCUGAAAUGCAAGCGAUCACACACGGACGCGGAGCAGCCGCUAAGCUCUAUCACACGAUCGACCGUAUACCCGAUAUCGAUUCGUCGAGCCCAGAAGGCAUGAAACCUGAAAAGGUGUUGGGUGAAAUCACUCUCGAGAAUGUCAAGUUCAACUACCCUUCGCGCCCAGACGUGCCCAUCGUCAAAGACCUCUCGAUUUCUUUCCCGGCUGGUAAGACUGCUGCGCUUGUCGGCGCGUCCGGCUCUGGAAAGUCCACGGUCAUCUCGCUCGUCGAGCGGUUCUAUGACCCGCUAUCAGGCGUCGUGAGACUCGAUGGCGUCAACCUCAAGGACCUCAACGUCAAGUGGUUGCGCUCGCAAAUCGGUCUUGUUUCUCAGGAACCGACGCUAUUUGCGACGACGAUCAAGGGGAAUGUCGCGCAUGGGCUGAUCAACACGCCGUACGAACACGCAUCCGAAGAGGAAAAAUUCAAGUUGAUCAAGGAAGCAUGCGUCAAGGCCAACGCUGACGGGUUCAUUUCGAAGCUGCCGUUGGGUUAUGAUACCAUGGUCGGCGAGCGCGGUUUCUUGCUCUCCGGUGGUCAGAAGCAACGGAUUGCGAUUGCUAGAGCUAUCGUUUCAGACCCAAAGGUCUUGCUGUUGGAUGAAGCCACUUCGGCGCUGGACACGCAGUCGGAGGGUGUCGUCCAGAACGCGCUCGACAAAGCUGCUGCUGGACGCACAACCAUCACCAUCGCACAUCGUCUGUCCACCAUCAAGGACGCCGACUGUAUCUAUGUCGUGGGUGACGGACUCAUCCUCGAGAAGGGCAAGCACAACGAACUGCUCAAAGACGAGAAUGGAGCCUACGCGCGCCUAGUUGCUGCGCAGAAGUUGCGGGACACGCGGGACUUGGAGCCCAAGGAAAUUGAAGACGACAUUACCGAAGGUGACGCGGAGGAAGAUAUCGAGAAGGCCGCGGAAGAAGAGAUUCCACUAGGCCGCCGGAAUACGCAACAAUCCCUUGCCAGUGCGAUUCUGCAUGAGCGCCAGCAGCAGAAGGCUGCCUUGGGAGAGAAGUCUUACUCAGUCUCACAUUUGUUCAUGCGCAUGGCCAGAAUCAACAAGGACGAGUGGAUGAAAUACGUGUAUGGUUGUAUCUUUGCUGCUAUGACUGGCGCUGUUUUCCCCGCGUUCGGCAUUGUCUGGUCCAAGACAAUCAACGGCUUUUCGCUCCCAGAUGCCCAGGAACGCCGGCACGCUGGUGAUCGCAAUGCUCUUUGGCUAUUCAUCAUCGCCAUCAUUUCUAUGUUUACGAUCGGCUUCCAGAACUACUUCUUUGCUGCUUCCGCCGCUUCGCUCACUCAAAAGCUGCGCUCGCUUAGUUUCCGUGCAGUUCUCAGGCAAGACAUCGAGUAUUUUGAUAAAGAAGAGAACAGUACUGGUUCGUUGGUUUCUAAUCUUAGUGACGCACCACAAAAGAUCAAUGGGUUGGCUGGCAUCACUUUGGGAGCAAUUGUGCAGAGCUUAUCAACCCUGGUCCUCGGCGUCAUUCUAGGUCUUAUCUUCAUUUGGAAGGUUGGCCUUGUUGGCCUUGCCUGUGUUCCUCUCGUAGUAUCGACUGGUUAUAUUCGCCUGCGUGUUGUGGUUUUGAAGGACCAAUCGAACAAGAAAGCACACGAGGAUUCAGCCCAAUUAGCUUGCGAAGCCGCAGCUUCCAUUCGUACAGUUGCAUCGUUGACGCGAGAAGAAGACUGCUUACGCCUGUACAGCGAGUCUCUAGAAGAGCCGAUGCAGAAAUCUAACAGGACGGCGGUUUGGUCGAACGGCCUGUACUCACUGUCACAGUCAUUCUCGUUCUUCGUCAUUGCCCUUGUAUUCUGGUACGGCUCGCGUCUCGUCUCGUUCCAAGAGUUUACUACCGUCGACUUCUUCAUUGGUCUCAUGAGUACUGUCUUUGGCGCCAUCCAAGCAGGCAAUGUAUUCUCGUUCGUGCCCGAUAUCUCGUCAGCAAGGGGUGCUGCAGCCGAUAUCAUCCAUUUGUUGGACUCCACACCUGAAGUUGAUGCCGAGUCGACCGAGGGGAAAAUACCCCAGAAUGUUCAAGGCCAUAUCGAGCUCGAGAAUGUCCACUUCCGUUACCCGACAAGGCCGGGGGUGCGCGUGCUUCGUGGUCUGAACAUCACUGUCAAGCCUGGCACGUACGUCGCGCUUGUCGGCGCUAGUGGCUGCGGCAAAAGUACGGUCAUUCAACUCUUGGAACGCUUCUAUGACCCUCUGGCUGGCAACGUACUUCUCGAUGGUCAGAACAUCUCCGAGAUGAAUGUUCAAGAAUACCGCAAGAACAUCGCCUUGGUCUCCCAAGAGCCUACUCUUUAUGCUGGCACAGUCAAAUUCAAUAUUUUACUUGGGGCGACCAAGCCAACCGGGGAAGUCACUCAGAAGGAACUGGAAGACGCAUGCCGCAAUGCGAACAUUUUGGAGUUCAUCGAGAGUUUGCCAGAUGGCUUUGAGACCGAAGUUGGUGGGAAGGGUUCGCAGUUGUCAGGAGGACAGAAGCAACGCAUUGCCAUUGCUCGUGCACUCCUUCGUAAUCCCAAAGUUCUCCUGUUGGACGAGGCGACUUCGGCUCUGGAUUCUAACUCUGAGAAAAUCGUCCAAGCUGCCCUUGAUUCCGCAGCGAAGGGUCGGACAACGAUUGCCAUCGCACAUCGAUUGUCGACGAUCCAAAACGCGGACUGCAUAUAUUUCAUCAAAGAAGGAUGCGUGAGCGAAGCAGGCACACACGACGAGCUACUUGCGCUGCGCGGUGGAUAUUACGAAUACGUCCAGCUUCAAGCGUUGAGCAAGCAGUGAUCGGACAUGAGAUGACCGCGACGAAACAGUCAUUAUAGCUAGAUUGCACCAUAGUUGUGAUCCUCAUGAUGGUUCUUCACGCCUCUCUACUUUGCUCUUACUUUUUUCCAUCUGCAACGCGCAUCUAUAUCAGAACUUCAUUUCAACCGUUCAACCGUUUUCUUUUUUCUUCGCGGACUGAUACAUCCAUUAAUUUGCAUAGGCGCAUAAUAUUUUUCGUAGACUGGCUCAUGGGUAGGUAUAGGAUUUGGGAUACGGUGUCAAAUGUGAUGGAUUUCCUAACAGA